UUUGGCACUCUUUACCCCGCAUAUUAUUCUUACAAAGCCGUGAAAUCAAAGGACAUCAAAGAAUAUGUCAAAUGGAUGAUGUACUGGAUCAUAUUCGCGCUCUUCACGACAGCAGAGACAUUCACGGAUAUCUUUCUUUGCUGGUUUCCAUUCUACUAUGAACUCAAAAUAGCUUUUGUAGCUUGGCUGCUGUCUCCAUACACAAAAGGCUCCAGCCUCCUGUACAGGAAAUUUGUGCAUCCAACGCUGUCUUCAAAAGAAAAGGAGAUCGAUGACUGCCUUGUCCAGGCAAAAGACCGGAGCUACGAUGCCCUUGUGCACUUCGGGAAGCGGGGGCUGAACGUCGCAGCCACGGCAGCCGUCAUGGCCGCUUCAAAGGGACAGGGGGCCCUGUCUGAGAGACUAAGGAGCUUUAGCAUGCAGGAUCUCUCGACGAUUCGUGGAGACAGCAGCAGCACUGUUCCUCCUUCGGUCACUGUACGAACAAGUAGCAAACAGAGCCAGCCAAAAACAUCCAGAAGUGCAUCAGAAGGCACUGGCAGCUCAGGCACCGCCUAGGACCCUUAGACCUCGCUUCAGGAAGAAAAGUACCUCGUCCUCUGCCACUGAAACAAUGUGAGUGCAAUGAGCCAAUAGCACCAAGAUCCACAGAAUGUCUCUCUUCUGCCUUAAAGAGCUACUCGUUAAUAAUGUAGGAAACAGCAGCGGGAUGGAUGUGCUUUGAUGUACAGCACUGUAGACAUGGCCUUUCUCUCUCCUCUCUCUGUAUCCUUCUGUUACACGCUUCUCGCGUUUGUCCGUGACGUGGGUAGGACAGUCUGGCGGACACCUGCAGGUUAAGAGUCCUUGUUUCGUUUGCAGAGUGUACCCCCACUCUCGCUAAUCCUGUAAGGUUGUACAUUUACAAUUCUCAUUUGUGUCCGCAUAGCUCUAGCUCUGUGAAUGCACAACGGAAACAAAAAUAAUCAGUUACUCAUGAUGAUACAUUGACAGUGUAUUUAUUUAUGGCUUUAUCAUUAAUGAAGUGGAUGUGCAGAAGCCAUGGAUUCCUCUUUCCUUCCUUCCUCCUCAAGACUGUGAAUGAUGUAACUAAUGUCAAAGUACUUUGACUGUACAAAAUGUCCAAGAUUCAUUAGCGAAAGCUGAGCUGCAACUCUCUUUCUCUUUCUGCGAGUAAAUCACGUGUAUUCUGAGAAAAUCAUUGUGCUAAAACCAUAGAGACAGAACCACUUACAGAAGAUGAGGAAGAGACAUGCAAGAGAAAAUAAAUGGUUUCAACGAUGUAAUGAAGGGGGAGUCUUAAUUUUGAUCAGCCUGAGCCAGGAGAGUAUUGUGUGGAAAAUGAUGGCGGCUAGAAGAACUAGAUUGUAUCGCUUGUGGCAAAUGUUCUACUGCCAGUUUUAAAAUGUGAGCAAGCCAGGCUUGCACUAGGUGCAGCAAGAGAAGUCAGAAUCGCUUUAGUGACACACUUCCCGGGGGAAACGCAGCUUUCUCCCCUGCCU